AGAUAGCACCGCUUGAUCGCUGCGUCAAGUUUUGAAAGACGGUGCGGUACAGGAAACAAAAGCGGUCAUUUAGCCCCUAGCGCAGCUCAGAGUCAACCCUAACGAAACAGAACUUGUAUUUUACCUUCGUCUUCCUCGCACUUAGCAAAAAAGCACGUUUACUUUGCUUUUGUUGUUUCCUGCGUUUACUGCGCGAUGCGAGGGAGUGUGCGGCCAGUGGUGUGUUGGGCAUUGCCCUUGACUGUACGGCGCACGCAGCAUACAAACUCCAGCGCCGCCGCGGUACCAGCGGCGUCUUCACCACCGCAAGGGACGUUCGAGGACUCCGAAACCGGACCGUCCUCCUCCGCGCACGCAGGUGAUGCAACAAGUCAUCCCGAAAGAGAAACGUCGUAUCGCUCCCUCUACCCCAAGGUGCGGCUGCGUGCCAAGACACAAGAGCGUCCCUACAAACGCAGCAUCUUCACCACCUUUGAAGAGACGGAAGCGGCACAGCUGGAGAGCGAGGACGUCGAUCAGCCACAGCUUGCCUCCUCUCCCGCUGAGUCACACACCGCGGCGGCUACCGCAGAAGGGAAGCAGCAGCAGCAACACACCGCCGUCGCCGUCCAGGCUGCCGACAGGGAUGUAGCUUCGCUCCCGGAGGGCAACGAGGUGGAACAGUUUCUGGACGAGGUGCAGCGUCAGGUGGAUGCGGCGCGCUUUCAUCGCAACCAGGCGAUUCCGUUUCCCGCGAAGCCCGAGGCAAACAGUCCGGCCUUUCGCCGGAUAAAGCGACACGCCAAGAUGACCGUCGAGGUGCCCGAUCCCGACUAUCCAACGUUUGUGCGGAAGGACCAGGCGGUGGGGCUGCCACCCGCGGCGGAGCACCCGUGGGUGCGCAAGAACACGCCGAUCGGGCCUUUCAUCGUCCACGGCGACGGGCAGAUUCGCCAGCUGGGCGGGACCGGACAGGUCGACUUCGACGACACCUCCGUCGAUGAAAAGCUGCCCGCGUCGUACCGCGGACUGCAGCACCGCUCCAUCCUGCAACGACAGCUGCCGCAAGACAACGGACGUGUAGUGCAGGACGCAGUGAUUAAGCACAGCUUCACCCUCACCGGGCGCGGUGUGUUUGCGACGCGGCGCAUCGCGAAGGGGGAGAAUAUCAUGAUUGUGCAGAGCACCGCCCGCAACGUCGGCGUGAAGGGCGAGUUGGAGCGCCUGGAGGAGAUGUGCGCGGAUAUCUUGAUUGGCUGCCGCGACGGCGAUGCGCGCGUGCGUGAGUUUCUGCACACUUGGAUUCUGACCGGCCAGCCGUCGUCGCUGCUGGAGCACUGGCCCGCGGCUAGCACGGCGCGCGUCAUGGCGGCGAUUGGCGGCCCGGAGGUGUUGGAUGAGCUGGAGCUUCACCCGAUCCACAUUGCGCGUCUGGCCGCCAUUCUUGACUUGAAUAGUUUCCUUGUCGAGAGCAGCUUCGCGGAACGAAAGGGCAUGGCGUACUUUCCAGAGGCGGGCUUUUUGAACCACAGCUGCGUCCCCAACACCACCUACGAUAUCAUGCCCGAGCACGUGUUCCGUGAAAGUGAUUACUACCUAGACGAAGCCGCAGCAGCCGCUGAAGAGGACGAUGUUGUGGACAAGCGACCUGACAACGCCGACGGUGAUCACGAACACGCUAGCGUGGAUGUCACUGGUGGUGCCACAGUCUCAGACACGUCGUCUCACGCCACGGGGGAAUCUGUGACAGCAGCUGCAAGCGCAGCAAAGGGCAAUGACGUGGCUGUUGUGCACGACGCGUCAAAGGAGCGUAACGCUGCGUACUUUGGUAACGAGAAUCGUCUUGCCGCGUACCCAGGUCUCACGGAGGCAGACGCCCCUGUCUACCUCUUCUGCUGUCGGGCAUCGAAAGACAUCGAGCCAGGGGAGGAGAUUCUGAUUAGCUACGUGCCAGCGCAGUGGUCUUUUGACAACCGCCAGUACGUCUUACACGAUCGCUACCACUUCUGGUGUAAGUGUCCCAAGUGUGCGCCCGUUAUCGACAAGAAGUACGCUCGUGUGCCCAAGAUGCUGGUGGGGCUUGUGGUGCUGAGUAUUCUGCUGCAGCUGCUCGUGUUCCACCAGCGCGACCUGAAGAACGCCGUGGAUGAGGACUUUGACAAGCUGGCGGCGAUGUCCGAAGAGGAGCGGCUGGAGGAGCUGCGCCGGCGCGGCAUCACACCAGAGCAGAUUUCGGUCGACGGCGCGAAGAAGCGUAGGCAGCGUCGCAACGGCCUGUUUGAGAAGCUAGAAGAGGAGCGGCUUCGCCAGAUCUACGAGCCCGACAACCGCGGCCACCUCACCGUCAUGGAUCGGCUCAACCCCUUAUCGGAGCCUCCGCGCUAA